AUGGCCAGACAUCGGCUCAUCACCCUAUUAGGGCUGACCAGUAUCGUGGCCACUAUGGUCACCAUAACCCGGUACUCAUCAAGUCUGAACCAAUCGCCCGGUGCCCGGCUUAUGAUUAGUCAACAGAGACUACUUGAAUAUCAGCACAAACUGCGGCUCAUAGCCAGUGAACACAACUCUAACCAAACGUACAAUAAUUUGUUAGACAACCUAAUGACUAGUUAUAGACAACCCGUUCAGUCAGUAGUGAAUAGUGUUUCAAAUAGUGAUACCAAUAAUGACAUACCGGUGCUUAAAGAUAAUAGUAUAUCAGUGAUACCCUCGUCAUCACCAUCGCCCCCACCACCACCUCCAUCAUCCAGCGUAAUACCGGUGCGAAUCAGUGCCCGUAUUAGCAGCACAAGCAGUAGCCCUCAGGUCCCGGUGAACCAACUUAUACCUGAGUCCGCAGCUGCCGGUGCUAAUGAUAAUGUGCCAUCGCUUACAGCUAACAGCGACCAGUGGGAUACCAAACCCCUUAUACUGCCCACUAAAGCGCCAACACUUGGGCUACCGGUGACCGAAAAGCCGACGGCGCGCUUGACUAAAGUCGAGCCCAAUAUACAGACAAAUAACGGGAAAAACAUUAAUAGUAAAGACAUUAAUAACGACAUUGAUGUGGACCCACCGGUUCCUGUAGGGGUCGCUAAGGUGACCGGUGCUAAGGGGUCGGCCGACAUGACUAGUAACGAAAAGCAACAACUGAUGGAUAGCCUGGAAAACAACGAAAACGAGAAAAAGUUAUCGAAAAUCAAAUUCAAACCCAAACUCGUGUUCGACGGCCACGACCUCAACACCACUGACCACAUGCUUAUCGACAAACCCUUGGGUUGUGACGACGAUAUGGGCGCCUCCCUCGACCUCCUAGUGCUGGUCAACUCGGCCGUAGACCACUGGGAGGCGCGGGCGGCCAUACGCGACACGUGGGGUAAGUUCGCAGUGGAAAGGGGUGCUUACGUACUGUAUUUGCUGGGCUCGUCAGCCGACCAUCGGGUACAGCGUCGGGUGCUCGAGGAGGACAGUCGUUAUGGGGAUAUACUGCAGGGCCAGUACCUGGAUAACUAUUUCAAUUUGACCCUAAAGACUAUAUCGAUGAUGAAGUGGCUGAGCGACAGGUGCUCUAAAGUGAAGUACGCCCUCAAAGUGGACGACGACAUGUUUGUUAAUAUGCAACACAUCACCGAUUUUAGCGAAACAAGGAACUUUAAUAAAUGUAUUAUAGGAAAGUUAGCCAAGAAGUGGAAGCCCCACCGGAACACCAACAACAAGUGGUACGUGCCUACCGGCGCGUUCAACGGCACCACAUUCCCCACUUUCGCCACCGGACCCGCGUAUAUGAUAUCAGGCGACGCCGCCCGACCCCUAUACGAGACCUCCAUUAAAGAGAAGCCCAUGUAUUUAGAGGACGUGUAUAUGACGGGCAUCGUAGCCGAGAGGGCGGGCAUACGGCGCCUAAAUCACGCCAUGUUUCGCAACACUCACGUCACUAACGUAGACGAGUGCUCUUUCCGACGGCUCAUGACUAGCCAUAAGCACAGCCCUCAAGACAUACGCCGACUCUGGGAUGUGGUCUACAGAGAGCCCCAAAAGGUGUGCUCAACCCCAGCCCCCAAGACUGUUAAACCGGCUGUUGCUAGCAAUCCCGGUGUUAAUAAUAGUAAUAUUAAUAAUAAUAAAGUGCCUGUGCCGGUCAUUAAAAGUAUUAAUAGUACCAAACCAAUUGCCCAGUCCGCCCCAGUAGGCUAACCCCCAAUUAUUUGCUAGUUAUGUGUAUAAUUAGGGAUUUAUU